GCACGCUGGGACACGCAGUCCGACGCUAGCCGCCGCCCAAGGGCCCGUACCCCGCGACUUUGAAAACUCCCGCGGCUGCCUUCGCAGCUCUCGCGAGAGCUCCGUCCCCAGCCCCGCCCCCCGCGCGGCGGGUGAGCGACCGAGGAGUGAAAUACGGCAGAACACAAAUUCACUGGCCCUGACUACUGAUGUGCAGGAAGUGUCUUUUCCACCUACUGCUCCUCCAAUGCUUUGAAGAAUGCGAGACCUAAGGGCUCGGGCAACGAGCAGUCUGCUGCGGUUUCCAGAGGUGACUAUUCAGGCACUUGGGGAAGAUGAGAUAAGCCUGGACUCUGUGCUGUGCGGGAAGUUUUCUGGAGGGAGAAAUGUCCAGGCCUGGUUGGCGUGUGGUCCUCAGCUUGAGGUGGUGAACUCUGUGACAGGAGAGCGGCUCUCUGCUUAUCGUUUUGGUGGAGUAAAUGAACAGUCCCCCACUGUCCGUGUGGUAAAGGAGUUUUCCUGGCAGAAGAGAACUGGACUGCUGGUUGGGUUGGAAGAAGCAGAGGGAAGUGUGCUCUGUCUGUACGACCUUGCAAUAUCAAGAGUGGUUAAAGCAGUUGUUCUUCCAGGAAGGGUAACGGCUAUAGAACCCAUAACUAAUGACGGAGGAGCCAGUGUGAGCACUCGGCAUCUGCAUCAGAGUCUGCGAUGGCUCUUUGGAGUGGCAGUGGUGGCUACAGACGUUGGACAUCUGCUUCUGGUUGACCUUUGUCUGGAUGAUUUAUCUUGCAGUCAGAAUGAAAUAGAAGCAUCAGAUCUAGAAGUUGUCACCAGAAUUCCUGCUGAAGUUCCGCAAAGAAGAGAAACUGUGACGAGGGAAGGGAGACAUCUCUGUUUUGAAUUACAAAAUCCAUCAGGAACAUCAAUAUCAGCGCUGUGCUACAUAAGCAGAAGCAAUCAGCUCGCUGUGGGUUUUUCUGAUGGCUACCUGUCGCUAUGGAAUAUGAAAACUUUGAAGAGGGAGCACCACUCUCAGCUUGAAGGAGGAAGGAUUCCUGUCUAUGCUGUUACUUUUCAAGAGCCCGAGAAUGACCCUCGCAAUUGUUGCUACUUGUGGGCUGUCCAGUCUACACAAGAAAGUGAAGGUGAUGUUGUGAGUUUACAUCUGUUGCAGUUAGCAUUUGGUGACAGAAAACGCUUGGCUUCAGGACAAGUCAUGUAUGAGGGUUUGGAAUACUGUGAUGAAAGGUACAGUUUAGAGCUCACGGGUGGAGUCUUUCCCUUCAGAGGGCAGACCAGCAAUACUAAGCUACUCAGCUGUCAGACCGUGGAAAAAUUUCGCAACCACAUUGACAGAGAGGAUAGUGUUAAUGAAGUAGUGUCUCCUGACACCAGCGUAUCAAUCUUCAGUUGGCAAGUGAAUACCUAUGGCCAGGCAAAACCAUCUACCUAUUUGGGUGUGUUUGACAUUAAUCGCUGGUACCAUGCUCAAAUGCCAGAUUCACUAAGGCCAGAAGAAUUCCUUCAUGAUUGCCCCUACUUUGCCUUGUGGUCACUGGAUUCUGUGAUAAACAUGACUUCUCCAAACCUCAUUUUGGAUAUUGUGGUACAUGAGCGGAGUCUAAGUCGGGGAGUUCCUCCUUCUUAUCCACCACCUGAGCAGUAUUUUAAUCCAAGCACCUAUAAUUUUGAUGGUACGUGCUUGCUGAAGUCUGGAGUUGUUCAUAUGACCUGCACCGGCUUCCAGAAGGAGACCUUGAAUUUUUUGAAGAAAUCUGGCCCUUCAGUAAGUGAAGCCAUUCAUGAUAGCUACAAUAGGUGUCUUGCCGCUGGCUUGCUGUCUCCAAGACUAGUGGAUGUCCAGCCCUCCAGUUUGAGUCAGGAGGAGCAGUUACAAGCGGUAUUGUCAGCUGCUGUCCACACAGGUUCUUUAGAGCUUCUGACUGGAUGCAUUAAACACUGGACAUCUGAAGAGCAGCCAAAUUCUGCUGCUAAUUUACGGUUUGUUCUUGAGUGGACGUGGAACAAAGUGAUCUAUGCAAAACACGAAUUUGACCAAAUUGGUGUUCCGCUGUUUGAUGGCUCUUGCAACUUCAUUGACCCGCAGACAUUGCAAUCUCUUCAGCACUGCCAGUUGCUUCUGAGCAACCUUAGCACAAUCUUAAACUGUUUCCUAAGAGAAGCACAGGAGCUUACAGAAAAAGGUUGUGCAGACCUGAGAAAUAAGCAGGUGGUAACCAGCCUCAUUUCUUUGUAUGCACAAGUGGUCAUCUGGUUUUGUCGAUCCAGUCUCCUCCCAGAGGGUUUAGAUGAUGAUAUGCAUUUGUCUAGACCUUUCUACAACUAUCCUUUGAUUCAGAGGUACUAUACUGGCCAUCGACAGAAACUUGAACGUUUAUCAGGGGGAAAAUGGGAUUCUGACUGCUUGAUGAUUGAUGGAAUGGUUUCCCAGUUAGGAGACCAAGUCGAGAAGCUGUGGAGGAGAGAUGAAGGAGGAACUGGGAAAUACCCACCGGCUAGUUUACACGCCCUGCUGGAUCUCUAUUUGUUAGAAAGCAUUGAAGAGAGCUACAAACAUGCAAUUGUAUCCUUUCUAGUAAUUCUCAUUGCACCUUCAGUAUAUAUUUUGUCAGAAACUUUUGAAUAUCUUUGUUACACGUGUGGCUGUAUGUAUCGUAAUAAACCGGAUCUCUACCGUCUACAGAAUUCCCUGGCCCUGCUCUUUCAUCCAGCUACGAUCAAAACUGUGUCCUGGCAACAUAGGAGGAUUAUUCAAGCCCUCAUGAGCCAAGGAGAGCACAGACGAGCCCUCAGAUAUUUACAGAUGAUGAAGCCAUCGAUGUCAAGCAGUAGUGAAGUUCGGCUUUUCCUCACCGUGUUGUUGUCCAAUAGGUGCAUGGUGGAGGCCUGGGCUCUGUUGCACCAACACACGACUAAGUUAAAUACGGAAGAGCUGUUAAAGCACAUGUAUGAGCUCUGCCAGGAGAUGGGACUAAUGGAAGACUUGCUGAAGCUGCCUUUCACCGACUCUGAACAGGAGUGUCUGGAGAAGUUUCUGCAGACCCGUGCUGGUGAUCAGAAUCAUGAAUUUCUUCUAGUCCACCGUCUGCAGCGUUCCAAUUAUAUUCCAGCACUGCAGUUGAAUCAGUCAAUGAAGGUUAAUCUUAUGGGUGAUCGUGAUCCUCGCCUGAGAGAGAGAGCAGUUGCCAGAAAUUCUAUAUUAGAACAGUAUGGCAAGAUCCUUCCUAGAGUUCAAAGGAAGCUGGCUUUAGAGAGAGCCAAGCCUUACCACUUGCCUUCAUCAGUCUUAAGAGAAGUUGCAAGACCAAAGCCAUUAUCAACAGUAGCAAAACAAGCUAAUGCAGGACCUGUGCAUACAAGAGCAACUUUCAUCAGUAACGUGUUGUCCAAAAUUGGAGAAGUGUGGGUAGGAAAUGAGCAGAAAACCAGUUUUUUACAAUAUGAUAGCCCUAGAGCUACAGAACCACCAGCACAUCCUCUCCCUGCUGCAGAGUUGCCCGAUGCAUUUGUUGGGACACCAGUUACAAAAUUCUCACAGAAACGUUCCAGAUUGCUGGAUUCGGUGGUUCGUCCUGUUCCUUCGUGUUCUGCAGAGCAGGGUGGUGGCUGGCAGUCAUCAUGCAGAGAUUCUACUUCAUUCAUGGCAUCCAGCCCAGUGAAUUCAAAUCCGCAUGGUUCCGCCUUACAGAAGAAGUUUUUAAGAGCAUCAGAGCUGAAUCUGCUAGAGACUCCUCUGGUGGUUAAGGUUUGUGUUCUAAAAGACCAGUAACAACCAACCACAACAAAAGCCUGUAAACGGUCUUCGAAAUGAACCCCCCAAAGUACUAACGCAAACACUGUUGGAUUCAAAGUGUGGAAUCUU